AGGAGAUGUUGGCAUCUUUCAGCCCAGUGGACGUGCUCAUCGAGUACGGCCAUGCGGUGGUCAAUCUCAUCGCCUUCGUCGCCUUCUGGCGGCAGGCGAUGCCUCUCAUCUCGAAACAUGGUACGACACGCACAUCCUCCCAGAUCAGCCACACAACAUGCGCCACGAUGGUUGCCAUGCAUGGACUUGCAGGUCUGCUUCCCGUGACACGCACACUGCGGGAUAUGAGCCGUUCGUCCACUGGCAGGCGCUUCUCGGCAUCGGCGUCGUCUUCUGAGGUUCAACCCGAGAGGCGCCGUGUGAGGUGGAAGCAGGUGCGGCAGUACCCGACGCUGUGCUGGUGGUUCUACAAAGACCACCACAUACACUUGAUGUGCGCGGUGAGAGCCAACCACACAAACAAACAUGCAGCCACAAGACGGCGGUGUCUGUGUUUGUGUCUGUGUCUGUCUGCAGGCGGGCUGCAUCGGUGGUGUGCUAUUGCUGCUUCUCCCCUGCCCUCAUCGGCUCUACGGCACAACCGAUAUCUCCCUCUUUGCUGCUGCCGUCGGAGUGGCGUGGGUGCGAGCGGGGAUCUGGCUGCUGAUGGGCGUCGUCUACCUCUCGCUGCAGAACGUGUCUGGCCCCUUCCUGGCCCUCCAGAUGGACGCCAACCUUAUCGAGAUGAACUGCCUCAUCGCACUGCACUCCAUGCUGCUGGCGACCCACGUGCUGUCCUGCACCCUCCUGCCGAUUCAAUCACUGUUGGGCGGGUGGCCUCUGAUGGGUCGGAUUCUGACGUUUGUGGUGGAUUUCCGGCUGAGCCAUCACAUGCGCUGGCUGAUCUUCCGGGUGAUGCUGGCGUGCGGCAUGUGCAAGUGGUACGGCUCGCCCAUGUGGAAGUCACUCACCGCCAUGACAGGUGGGUGUGUCGACUAUGAAUGAGUGUGACGCAUGAGGGUCUGUGUGUGUACUGUGUGUUGCCUUCCUGCGUGUGUCAGCGCAUUACGAGACGCAGCCACUGCCGAACUGUGUGUCUUGGUACGUCCACAUGGCCCCCGAGUGGUGGCACAAAGUUGAAACAGCCAUGUCACUCGUCAUCGAGAGUGAGCCAGGGAGGGACAGGGCAAGGCGAGCACACACCCACUCUCUCUCUCUCUCUCUGCUGUGUGUGGGGCUGGACAUGGUCUCAGUCAUGAUUCCUUUCCUGGUGUAUGCCCCCUGGUACUUAUCGCGACUGGUGGCCUUUGUCGGCUUCGUGCAGCUGACCGUCAUGAUCAACACCACCGGCAACUACGGCCACCUGGGCAUCAUGACUAUUGUCCAGUGCCUCCCGAUCCUCUAUGCUGACGAGUGGCCGCUGAGCCUCCUCACAGCCAGGGUGCAGCUACCGAGCAGCAGGCCGUCUGGUCCGCUGGCAGUGCCGGCAUGGGUGGCUGUGGUAUUUGGCGUGUUGUGUGCGGUGGUGUGGGUGUGUCUGCUGGCGGUGGUGUAUGUGCUGUGGGCGGUAUCGACUGUGCCUCUGCUGCAGUCCUUCAAAGGUCACGAGGGCAAGAAGAGAGUGGUGGGAGGGGUGAGCAUCUUCGGAUGCGUGUGUGUGUGUGUGUGUGUGCUGUGCGUUGUAGGUCGUGUCCGUAUGCCCCCCAGUCGGCUGGUGGACUUGUACAGCUACCUCCGGCGAUACAAGGUCUGCAACUACUACGCCAAGUUUGGCAGGUGGGCCAUACACGCAACACAACUCACCGAGAGAAAAGAGAAGAGCCGAUCAAUGUGAUGUGUCGUGGCAUUCAGCAUGAAUGCGGAGCGUCUAGAGCUGAUUGUGCAGGGGCAGAGGGAGGGCUGCAGGGAGUGGCUGCCGUACGAGUUCAAAUUCAAGCCAUGCAACCCUUUCACAGCACCACGUUUCGCAUUCUUCUACAUACACAGUGAGCUCAGCACACACAUACCCCUUCACACACACAGCCGUGUGGCAUGUGUGUGUGUGUGUGUGUGUGGAUCGGUAUCAGGAUUCGAUUGGCGUCUGUGGUUUCUGCCGCUGGAGUGGCAGCGGGCGAGAAGCCGCCGGACACAGUGCGAUGUGCCAGACUGGUUGGUAUAGGUCGGGACCCUCGCGGACCCGCCCGCUACCCACACCUGCCUGUCUGCCUGUCUGUGUUUGAUGUGAUGUUCAGGUACGAGGCCUUCAUCCAUGGUCUCACUCUCAACGACCCCACCACGCUCUCCCUCAUCCACAACAACCCCUUCCCUGACGAGGCUCCGGCCAAGAUCCGCACGCUCGUCGUCAAAUUCUCAUUCACACCCCCUCUAACAGCAGCAGCAGCAGCAGCGGACAGAGACACAGAGACGGACACUCAAGAGAGGCCCACAUCGCCACCCACUCUCUCCCAGCAAAGCACUGGCGAAGAUGACUCCAUGGGAGUGAGGCGUCGUGCUGCUGCUGGUGCCGCUGUUGCUGCUGUUAGUGAUGGCACUCGGGGGUUCAGCCAGGAGGAGCAGGUUGGUGAGGGUAGGGGAGGGAAGAGCGUGUGGCGGUUUCUCCGCUGUUGUGCGAGAGGAAGGCGUGUGAGGUGGUGGGUGACGCGGCCAGUGGGUGUGUACCACUACUAUGACCGUGGUAGGCCCGACCACAGCAACAGCAGCAGCAACGAGUCGUCCGAGGGCAGCAGCGACUCAUGGCUGCUGUAGGGAUCGAUUGCAUUUUGUCAGUAUUUCUGGUUGGCUGAUUCGGUGGUCGGAUCUUUGUGGGAUGGGAGGGUGAGGGGCGAGAUAUUUGUUGUCGUUGCAUCGCUGCAGGCCUCCCUGUCUUAGUUUGAUAUGAAUGCGUGCAGCGAGGCUAUAUUAUAUGGGGACGAACGAGCGGUAGUGCCGGUCAUGUAAACGAAC